AUGGAGGAGGGCGGCCGGAGCCCCCGGGAGGAGGCGGCCGAGCCGCAGGAGUCCGGCGGCGACGCGGAGCCGGGCGGCGGGCGGCGGGGGCUGCUGCUCCCCCCCGGUGAUCCCCCGCACCCCCACCCGCACCCGCACCGCAUCACCAACUUCUUCAUCGACAACAUCCUGCGGCCCGAGUUCGGGCGGAGGAAGGAGGCGGGCGGCCCCGACGGAGAGCCCCGGCGGCCCGGCGCGGAGAGCCGCCGCAGCCCCGCCGCGGCGCCGGCCCCCGGGGCUCCGCUGCCCGGCGGCGGGGCGGGCUCGCCGGGCCGGGGGGAGGGCGGCCCCGCCGGGCUGGCCCUGCACGGCGCCGCCAAGAAGGGGGGGGACCCCGCGGCGCUGGAGGCGGCCCUGAAGGCGCGGGGGCUGAGCGGCGGCGACCUGUCGGUGAGCUCGGACUCGGAUAGCUCCCAGGCCAGCUCCAACGCCGGGAACCAGCCCAUGCUGUGGCCCGCCUGGGUGUACUGCACGCGGUACUCGGACCGGCCCUCCUCAGGUCCCCGCUCCCGCAAACCAAAGAAGAAGAACCCCAACAAGGAGGACAAGCGGCCUCGCACCGCCUUCACCGCCGAGCAGCUGCAGAGACUCAAGGCCGAGUUCCAGACGAACCGGUACCUGACGGAGCAGCGGCGGCAGAGCCUGGCCCAGGAGCUCGGGCUCAACGAGUCCCAGAUCAAAAUCUGGUUCCAGAACAAACGAGCCAAGAUCAAGAAGGCGACGGGCAGUAAGAACUCCCUGGCAGUGCACCUCAUGGCCCAGGGGCUCUACAACCACUCCACCACGGCGAAAGACGGCAAGUCGGACAGUGAAUAG